ACUGUGUACAGCAGCAUCCGGAGAUCGUCCGCUUGCAUGCGAUGUGACUCCAGUCCCCAGGGGGCUGUAGCCUGCCAGUGGACGGUACCCCGCAGGCUGCUGUGCAUCCGCCCUGCGUGCUCCCCCACAGGCAGCCAGCCAUCAUUACGCCAUGCAAAUAAUGGCGCGUCGAGGGAGGAGUUACAAGUACCUCUGGAAGCCCGGAAGCUUGUCGUCUCGCUCCUCAGCCUGGCUAUCUAAACAUGUCACUGUCCUCUGUCCUCUUCCUGCUUCUUGCGGGAGCGCAGUCGAGUCUGUCACAAAAUGCACCCUACAUGGCUAGCACACCAGCGACAGCCUCUCAAACAAGCUCUGGCCCUUCGCCACUUGUCACUCAAGUCCAAGUCUCAGUCGAUGAUCUUUGGGAUCUAUACGUGGGCCCAGUCUCGACGUUUUCCAUCAAUACUACCGUCCAGCCAACUCCCAUCCCGUCAAGUUCCUUGAUUCCUCCACCUCCGUUGUAUUACCCCUCGUUCCCUACGGGACAGCAGGUGCCGCUCCAAGUGAAGAACGAGAGCUGGAAGUUUCCUAAGAAUUUCUGGUAUGGCGUCGCUGGUGCCGCGUAUCAAAUUGAAGGUGCAGCCAAAGCAGAGGGCCGAGCCCCUAGCAUAUGGGACGUUCUGUCUCACCGAGUUCCGAACUAUGUGGUCACUAACGAGACUGGGGACGUUGCAAACAACAACUACUAUCAGUACAAAGAAGAUAUUGCACGCAUAGCAGCCCUUGGACUAAACACGUACUCUUUCUCACUCUCCUGGAGCCGCAUUCUACCUUUUGGCUCCGGGCCCAUCAACGAACAAGCGCUGGCCCACUACGACGAUGUAAUCGACACUUGUAUUGAAUACGGCGUUAUACCUCAGGCCACGCUAUACCAUUGGGACCUUCCUCUCGUCUUACAGAAUACCUAUGGUGGUUGGCUUAGUCCGGACAUUGUCGAAGAUUUCACCAACUACGCACGCAUCGUCUUCGAACGAUAUCACACCAAGGUACACCAUUGGUUCACAAUCAAUGAGCCAAUCGUCUUCUGCGGGUUUUAUCCUCUCCCAAAGAACUACUUCAAGCAGACUAUCAUUCCAGAUGUUCGCCAAAAGUUCUAUUGCGGACACCAUGCUCUCCUUGCACACGCUGCGGCGUACCACGUGGGCAAGUCUUUGAACUCGUCACUGAGCAUCUCGCUGAAGCACAAUGGCGGGUAUAAGAUCCAGCGGACGAACAGCUCUGAAGACGCUCUUGCUGUGGAUAGGGCCUGGGACUUUCAAGAAGGCUGGUUUUCUGAUCCUGUUUUUCUAGGUGGCGACUACCCACGCUACUUGAAAGAGUACGUUGAGACGUUCCUAGACCCUUUCACGGACGAACAGAAAGCCCAGAUCAACGGAACAGCCGACAUCUACGCACAUGAUGCGUACACCAGUGAUUUCAUCUUCGCGCCGGAUAGCGGAAUAUCGGCUUGCACGAAGAACGAGAGCCAUCCAUUGUUUCCGUCCUGCUACAAUUCGACCAAGACGUAUGCAAACGGUUACUGGCUCGUCGGUCCUGCCGCUGACCCUGGGUCGCCUUGGUUAAACAAAGCUACAGAUUGGGUGCCGGCAUUCUUGCACUACAUGCAAAAAAGGUGGAACCCGCAGGGCGGCAUCGCUAUAACAGAAUUCGGCAUAGCCGAACCUUACGAAGCCCUUCGAAAAGACCUGCCAUCCAUCGUCACGGAUCCUCUCCGCUCUGCCUACUAUCGUGACUACCUUGAGGCUAUCUUGAUAGCCAUUUCUGAAGGUGUGAAUGUUGUAGGUACCCUAGCCUGGAGCAUCUACGAUAACUUUGAAUGGUCCCAGGGUUAUUCUGUCAAAUUUGGCAUUCAGUAUGUCAAUCUCACCACCCAAGAGCGCUUCUUCAAAGCUAGUGCUUUUGAAUACGUCAACGCUUUCAACGUCUACUUGGAGAAAUGAUUGGCAAAGAAUCGGGACUACAUGGCGACGACACAGCCUUAACUAGCUAGGUAUAUGCACCGGUACACGAUCUAAUCAAGUGGCUAAAGCGCACACUCGUUAAUGGUGUCCGAUACAUGGCAAGAUAAUUUGUAGACACUAGCGGGCGUGUCUUAUACAUGCUACGCUUGAGCUGGAUUAUACGACUUGUUCUUGGCUCACACCUCACAUGUCCUACGUUCAUCCUGUGAUUUCUUAAUCUUGCCUAGCCCACUGUAAGAGCUUCUCUCCGCAUUCUUCACCAGCUCUUCGACCACUUCACCCAUUCCACGCCUCUGCCUCCGUCAUCGCCGUCGCCGUGGCGACUGAUGGAAUAACAUCCACAUAUCUG